UCCUCAAUUCGUGUUAUUAUUUAUCGCAAUAACGGUGGUUUUGGAUAACGAGACACGUAUGAACGGAUAAAAGCAAGUUCAGUGGCAGAGAGACCGGCAGGCUGCUCUGUUCUUUCCUUCCACGAUGACGGAACACGAGCAAAACGCGAUGUUCGUCCGGGUGACGUCGGCAUUCUUUUACGGCCUGUCGUCGUUCAUGAUAACGGUUGUCAACAAAACCAUCCUCACGUCGUACGCCUUCCCGUCCUUCCAAGUGCUGGGGAUCGGCCAGAUGCUCGCGACAAUACUGGUCCUAUUCUUCGCCAAGAGGCUGCGCUAUGUCGAGUUCCCUAAUCUGGAGGUGACGACCUUCACCAAGAUAUGGCCGUUGCCACUGAUAUACAUCGGCAACAUGAUAUUCGGCCUGGGCGGCACCAAGCAGCUAAGCCUACCGAUGUUCACCGCCCUGAGGCGAUUCAGUAUCCUCAUGACAAUGAUCGCCGAGUACUACAUCCUCGGCAUCAAGGCGCGCCUGUCCAUACAGCUGAGUGUUUAUACCAUGAUCCUAGGCGCAGUGGUAGCCGCACUCAACGACCUUGCCUUCAAUCUCGAAGGCUAUAUCUUUAUUCUAUUGAACGAUUUCUUUACUGCUGCUAAUGGUGUAUAUAUGAAGAAGAAGCUAGAUUCUAAGGAAUUAGGAAAAUAUGGACUGAUGUAUUAUAAUUCUUUGUUUAUGCUCGGCCCAACAGUCCUAAUGGCCUGGUGGAUGGGCGAUAUAGAUCUGGCAUUAGAGUUUCCCAAUUGGACAAAUCCGCUGUUUAUUCUGCAGUUUGUAUUGUCGUGCAUAAUGGGUUUUAUUCUGUCGUACAGUACACUCCUCUGUACACUGUAUAACUCUGCGCUGACAACUACUAUAAUCGGAUGCCUGAAAAAUAUAUGCGUGACGUAUCUCGGUAUGGUGAUCGGUGGAGACUAUAUAUUUUCGUUGUUGAACUUUGUAGGAUUAAAUUUAAGUGUGAUAGGUAGCUUAGUAUAUACCUGGGUAACGUUUCGUAAAAGAGAGAGUCUGCAGCCAAAAUACACUUUGUUGACUGAAUCUCAGGCCAGUAGAAUACAAGCCAUAUGAUUGUAAAUUUUUAUACUAUAAGAAUGUGAUGCUGUAACUCUGUAUAAUAUAAAGCGUUGUACAAAGCGUUAAGAUCUACGUUCCUUUCUUCUGAACGAUGGCAGGGUGAUGUGUAUAUGACAAAUAGUUGUUAUGAAUAUUUCUGUUCCUCGUAUCUUAAGGUACUUUUUAACUUACCCAAGGUAGAAAGCGUGAAAUAAUAUCGACAACCUGACUGUAAUAUGUAUAUACCAAAGUAAAAUUGUCGUGUUACCAGAUAAGUAUUAUGUUAAUUACGAAAGCAGAUCAAUUAGAGUACGACGUUGCCAUAAAGUUAAAUAUAUUAAUCUAUAUAUGCACUAAUCUGUACAUACUUGACAGAUACUUUGAAUGGAAAUAAAUUUUAUUUAUUAACUGACAACACGGUUUCAAAUCUUCUUACUUUCCUCACUCGG